AUGCCUUCCUCGAGACAUGACCAAGCGCCGCUCAAUGUCAUCAUCCCCAUCGGCGGCAAUGGCACGCGUUUCUCCGAAAAAGGUUAUCGCUACCCGAAACCACUGAUCAAUAUAGUCGGUAGGCCGAUGCUUCUGUGGAUCAUCGAUCAUCUAAGCCUACGGCCCUGCGAUACGUUGUGGGUGGCCAUCAACAAGGAGGUUGACGACAACUUCCAAGUUGGACAGCUGCUGGCCAAGUCGUAUACCAAGUUGGACGUUCGCCUUGUCAGAUUGCUGCAUCAGACCAAAGGUGCGGCCGAGACUCUUUACGUGACGACGCAGGGCAUGCAAGUCGAGCAUUUGCAUCGCAGAACGGUUUCGCUAGACUGCGACACCAUCUACUGGACUGAUGUUCUCCAACUUGUCAGGGACCUGCCGGCUCAUUGCGGCUCUUGCAUCUACUUUCCUGACAAUGGGGAUCGCCCAAUCUAUUCCUACAUCAAAACAAAAAACGAGUAUGCCGUCCCCGCCUCCACGUUCAACAGUGUGCCACUAUCUGACCAGUCCAGGGAUGGCCUGGAGAGAAUCGUCGACAUCCAGGAGAAGACGGCAAUCUCAGACAAGGCGAAUACUGGUGCCUAUGUGUUUCCCUCGGCGCGUCAGCUCCAGGCUUGGGCAGCAGAGUACCUAGACAGGCCAGAGCAUCUCAAUCCCGACUUUGCAGAGUACUUCACCUCUAGACUGGUCGGGCUCAUGCUGGAGAACGGCAUCCCGUUUCUGGGAGUCCCUGUGAACGAACAAGACUUCAACGUCGUGGGCACACCGGAGCAGUUGACGAGCUUUCUUGCCAGGGCCAAGUCCGGCAGUCUGCCUUCCAGGCUACCCCAAAGGAAGAGCCGAUUCUGUUUCGACUUGGACAUGACUCUGGUUGGGGCCCCUGCAAUAGCGGGCGACUACUCGACUUGUCCGCCCAUCGAGGCGAAUAUCAAGUUGGUCCAGCAACUGUAUCGUGCUGGACAUCACAUCAUCAUCCAAACCGCCCGCCGCAUGAGAACACAUCACGGAAACGUCGGCGCCGUCAUAGCGGAUGUCGGCUCCACGACGUUGCAGCAACUGGCAAGGUACAACAUACCGUUUCACGAUGUCCACUUUGGCAAGCCCUACGCAGAUGUAUACGUCGACGAUCUCGCCGUCAAUUCCAACCUUGACACGAUCCAAGAGGUGGGGUGGUUGCUGGACGAGCCCGACGACUCUUCCGCUCACCAAGUGGGCAAGGUUGGGACUGGGAUGGUGGCGGCCCGGGACUUCAACACCAUUCAAAUCAUCAACAACCAGGUCAUCAAGUCAAGCAAAUGCGACCACAUUCUCGGAGAAUUGUUCUUCUACUCGCGCGUCCCGCCGGGCAUAGCACGAUAUUUCCCGAGCAUUUACAGCGUUGACUACAUCAAGGACACGUCGACAUAUGUAAUUCAAAUGGAGAACUGCCCCGGCCUGACAUUUUCCCACCUGCUGGCCGGUCGAUCCAUCACCAAGGGCCGCCUGCAUUUGUUUCUCACGACCCUGAACAAGAUCCACAUGGCCGAGGCUCCCUCGGCCGAGACCCUCGAGAUUUCCCCCGCGCUAAAGGAGGAGUUCGAGAAACACGGCCCGGAGAGCCCCGACGCCGAGCCGGACAUGUACGCCAACUAUGGCCAAAAGCUACGCCGGAGAUACAAGGAAAAUGCGGACCGCUACGCUGGUCUGGGUCCACUUGCCGCAGACCUCUUCGGCCGCAUCGAAGAAUUCCUCGACAAGUACGAGGCGGAAAAGACGGCCGUGCCCGCCGGCGUCAUACACGGCGACCCCGUCUUCAGCAACGCCAUCCUCUCGGCUGACGGCAAGGCGGUCAGGUUCCUGGACGUCCGGUGCCGGCUCGGAAACGUCUUGACCACCACCGGAGAUGUGAACUACGACCUUGCCAAAGUCCUCCAGUCGCUCUGCGGUUACGAUCACGUAGUUCUUGGCUGCCAAGGAAAUUUCAAAGACGCGCAUGAAUCCGCGCACGAGGAUUAUCCGGUUCUGACGGAAUCGGAUCGUGCGCUGCUUGGGGGCUUGAGAGAACAAUUCUUCCGGUUUGUCGAGGAGACGUAUCCCGGCAGCCCACCUCCCAAGACUCUUUAUGGCCUGGCCGCGGCGCUCUUUUUCAGUCUCAUCCCGCUUCACCGUGCCGCGCUCGGUAAGGUGUUUCUCAACUUGUGCAAGGAGACGUGGGACAGGGCCACCGACGGACCGGACUGUUGA